AUGCAUGCCUCACUCUCCGAAGGCGCCUGGUGGCCAUUCUUUCUCGCCGCUGCAGUCGCAGCCACUCUUCCUCUCUCCGCGAACGCCCACUCUGCGGCUCAGUUGCACCAGCACGUCCUCUCGACUUCAGCCGGCCACGCCCCCCGGUGCUCCGAGACCCACCCAGAGCUCUGCUCUCCCUCUCUCUCCCUCAGCCUGUCCACUUCGCCCCUCGACCGGGAAGGUUCGGGCCUUUCCGAGACUCUCUCGAAGACACAUGCCGGCGACGGCAGCCCCGCCUCUCCAGGCAGAGGAGAAUGGGAGCGGUGCCGAGCUGCAUCUUCGUCCCUGUCCUCUCAGCGCACUUUGGGCCCUGGAGUCCAUUCGACAUCUGCAUGCAGUCCAUCCGCCUCUCCGCUUCCUCCGGUCGCGCUCGCUGAAGUCGAGAGAGUGACGGGUGCCGGGGAGACGGUGUCUCCCCCUCGGGAGACGGCAGCCACCGUGGAGCCCAGCAAGCCCGCCGGAGACGGGCGCACAGCUGGGGGGGCACAGGCGGGGACUGCAAGCCCAGUUAGCCAUGCCACCGGCGCCGCAGGUUCGCCAAAGAUGAUGUCUUUUAUGGAGGCUCUCGGGCGAGCUGCAGCGGCGGAAGCCGCCGCUCUGGGUGGGGGAGCGUGGGACUGGAGCACGUGGGGCGUAGGGGCCUUUCGUGAAGCGGCACGAGGCCAAGAAGCCGGAGAGGAAAAAGUUGAAGACAAGAAGACGCAAAGUGCAAAGAGCGAGGCGCCCUUGUGGGGAGGAGAAUGGAGAGAGGCUGUGUCGAAUUUCUUCGCGAAGGUCGACAAACGCAUUGCAGAGGCAAACGGGAUGCUCCACUACACUGACCUGAAUGGUUAUUUGUUGUAG